GCCGCCGCCGCAGUGUUGACAUUUUGCAAUGGUGGCCGGUGGAGGUGGUGCGCGUCCCGCCAGUCUGCCACUUCAUGUCUCUCCCCCGAGCGGCGAGAUGACCCACGUCUAGCCUGUGCCGGGCGGGCGGGGUCCCAUGAUGCCAGCAGCUCUGUGAGAGAGCUCAGCGGGCGCCAUGAGCUCCUUCUCAGGCAAACUUAAGGAGUUUCCACAGAUCUCUGUGGAUCGUUUUGACGGCAGAAACCUUGCCAGCACUGCCUAUUUCCUCAGCCAUGCACACUCAGACCACAUGAUUGGCCUCAGCUCCCCACACUUCCUGGACCACCUUGAGAGCAACAGCGGCGUGUACCUUUACUGCUCUUCCAUCACCGCUCGCUUCCUUCAAGCCUCGAUCCGCCACCGCCCACUGGACCCAUUCGUGCGACCCUUGCCACACGAGGAGCCGGUCAGCAUCACCGUGCCAAAUGUGGCUGAGGAGGCAAGCCACCAGCUAUGUGUCACCCUCAUCCCGGCCGGCCACUGCCCCGGCUCUGUCAUGUUCCUGUUUGAGGGUCGUGGUGGAACAGUGCUGUACACGGGGGACUUCCGCACCAGUGUGGGUGAUGUGGAGCGGAUCUCGGCACUCCACAACAGGGACGGCACAGUGAAGACGGUUGACUCUCUCCACAUUGACACCACCUUCUGCCACCGUGACAUCCUCCACUUCCCCACACGUGAAGAGAGCGCCUCAGCCAUUGGGGAUUUAGUGGAGGAGUGGCUGGCGCGUGGCAACAACCACCUCAUCCACCUUGUGUGUCCAGCCAAGUAUGGGUACGAAUAUGUGUACCGCAGCCUGCACGAGCGGUUCGGCAUGCGUGUCCACGUGUCGCGCUGGAAGUACCGGAUGUAUGACACGGUGCCGGAGAUCCAGGACGCCCUCACCCCAGACGCCACCGAGACUUGGGUGCAUGCCUGUGAUUGGACGAUCAGCGAGGUGGAGGAGGGGGACGGGGAGCAAGCGGUGCGUCAGCUGCCGUGUCGCUGCGUUCCCUUUGGGGUGGACACAGCACCCAGCAUACGAGUCAUCAGGCCCUCGGCAAUGUUCUACACAGUCUACCAGUCGGUCAAGGAGGUGAAGCAGGUGGUGAGGGACGGAACGUUCUGCCGUGUGCUGCUGUCCAUGCAUGCUUCCUGCUCCGAGGUGCUGGAUCUAGUAUCGUACCUGCGGCCCAGGAAGGUGUACCCCAAUGUCAUCCCCACCAACUCCACCAGAGAGGAGGUGCUGAAGCUGCUGCACGAGGCGUUGAACCGGUCCGGCGACCACUACAGCAUAGAGUACGGUGGCGCGCAGCAGCGGCGGUCCAUGGGGUCCUUCAAGCGGCAGCUGCGCAGCAACGAGAGCAGUGGCAGCAGUAACCUGGAGGCAGCCAUGUACGACGGCUUCCUGAGCUCCCCUUCCAAGCGGCGGCGGCACAGCGACAGCAACAUGACACUGGUGCUGCCCACGCCGCGUGUCAACAUGAAGGGCUCACUCAGCCUGGAGAGUGAGGCACGCUGCGACCCCUCCACCGCCACCACCACCACCACCUCCACCGCCACCACCACCACCACCCAGGCCACCACUGAGCCUUCCCCUGGCCCUUCCCUGGAGUGGGUGGACCCCUACCCACCCUCCCCUGCCUCCUCUUCCUCCCCGUGUAAAUACCCCGAUGUGCCCGGCCUGGAGGACAGCCAGGCUGGGCUGCGGCCACGGGUCAACCUGGCAGCCCGACUAGAGAGUGAUGGCGGGAGCGGCAGUAGACAGGUGAUAGUGAAGAUGCGUGGGGCAGGCGGGGUGGGGCAGUGUGGUCCUGGGUCGGGGGCGUCCCACAUGUCGGUGGACGGGGACGGGGAGGAGGACGGGGAUGCCCACUCAGUGAUCAGCUUUGUGAAGACCAGCCAGGACAGCCUGGAGCUGGCCUCCGUGUUCUCUGAGGAUGCUCGGGAGAGCCCCGGCCCCAGCCCCCCUGCCCCGGCCGUGGAGCGGCCGGCAUCCUCAGCGGGCGUGGCAGGGGAGAGUGACAUUAAGCGUGACCGCAAACUGUGGUACCAGCACAAGCACUUCUCCACGCCGGUGCACGACGACCAUGACAAGCGCCUCAAGACAGAGCCCAAGGUACCCCUGGGGCCCCGCUCCUCCUCCCUGCCGCUGCCCGAGCCCCGCCCCACCUCCCCAGACCUGUCCCCCGGCCCUGCCCUGCCCCUCAUCACUGUGUCCUCCCCAUCAGACCCGGCCAGCGAGUCGCAGGUGUCGGACGAGACGAGCGUCACAGCAGUGCUGAGCGGCGCCUCGGACCUGGAUGCCAUGCUGGUGGAUGAGGCGCCCCCAGAGCGGCCCUCUGUCAUCUGUGGCCCGGCGGUGGCAGCGCCGCGGGGUGAGGCGCGGCCCGCCCCGGACAGUGAGUGUGGGCCAGAACUGGAGGAUUUACUGCUGCGGUCCCGGCGUGCCGAAGAGCGCUCCUCCUGCCUCAAGACCACACGCCGCCGCGACAAUGAGCUGGAGGUGGUCACGCUGGACCAGCAGAGCCUCUGAGUGUUGGUGGUGCCCCGCCCUGCCCUGCCCUGCCCCAUCCUGCCGUGCCCCGGUUCAUCCCACCCUGCAUCACACCAUCCUCCUCUCCAGUGCUUGCCUCUUACAUUCCAGUCUCCGUUCCUUUGUGUGUGGAGGCAUGGCACUCGCUGCUGCUGCUAUUGCUGCUGCUGCUGCUGUUUCUCCCUUGUCUGUGUCUCACCUCACACUCCCCACGACCCAGAGCUGGCCGGCAUGUGGCGUGCCGAACCUUUGGCCGAGUAUUGGCCGUGUGGCAGCCGGGAGUGUGCACUGCGGCCUGUGUGGGUCGCUGUGGUGCCGCUGCAUCAGAUUGCCGCUAGGAGGUGACCCGUGUUGCCCUGUAGAGCUUGGCUGGCUAGACGGGAGAGAGAGAGAGAAAGAGAAAGAGGUGGAAGGGUGAAUGUGAAGUUAAUGUUACUACCUACGUACAUUUCACGGCUGCAAGUGUUUGUAAUGUUUUGUAGGUAGCAUGUUACUGAGGGAGGGAGGGAGGGAGGGAGGGAGGGAGGGAGGGAGGUACAAUCUAAUGCACAAAAUGAAUAUAUUGAGCAGAUAGCAAAAAGUAAUGAAGUCUGAUUCUUUCUUGAUAUCAUUCCCUGUGUGUGUGUGUGUGUGUGUGUGUGUGUGUGUGUGUGUGUGUGUGUGUGUGUGUGUGUGUGUGUGUGUGUGUGUGUGUGUUUGUGUUUGUGUGUGUGUGUAUGUGGGGGGAGGGGAGAAAAUGUCACAUGAUGGAGAGUUGUGCCAGUGUUGUUGUUGCUGCUAUCUUUAGGAAUGACAAAAUUAUGGCAUUAAUAUUUCCUGUGUAUAUUUGAUUGUGUUCAGUCAAAUUCAUGAUGAUGAUGAUGGUGAUAAUGAUAAUGAUGGUGAUUUAUUCUGCAAUGCUACCCACUGCCACACUCUUAGAGCUCAGGGUUACACACACACACACACACACACACACACACACACACACACACACACACACACACACACACACACACACACACACACACACACACACACACACACAUUACUUUAUCUCACCUAAAUUUUUCUUCCUCUUUUUGCUUUUUUUUUUUUUUUUCUGGCCAAUUGCUACAAAAAGACAAAAAAAAAAGUUCCCCUGAGUUUGUGCCAGUGAGAAUUUAGGUCUACAAUACACACACAGUAAAAAGACACAUUAAAUUUUAUAGACUGGUUCUUAUUUGAUGUUCAGUCUGUCUUUUUUAAUCAAUAUUUUUAUCUACAUUUGGCAUUCCUUGUGUUUUGUGUUCUGCUGUGUGUUGGGGCAAGUUAAUGCAACACACAGCUAAAAGAUUUCAUUCCAUAGACUAAUUUUUGUUGGCGUUACACCUGUAUUUUCCAUUUCCUCCAGUUCUCUCUCUCUCUCUCUCUCUCUCUCUCUCUCUCUCUCUCUCUCUCUCUCUCUCUCUCUCUCUCUCUCUCUCUCUCUCUCUCUCUCUCUCAGGUUGGUGGGGAGAAGGAAUUCAUAAACAAGUGUAUAUAUAAUUAGCCUGUUUCAUUAUUUUAUUUGAGUUUAUUAGUGUUCCUUGUGUUCUGCAUUCUGUGAUCUGUUGUGUUUUGCCAAAUUGAUACGACACACAGCAAAAAGUUCUGUUUCAUUCCAUUUGAGGUACAGUUUGUCUCUAUGAAUAUUUUAGCUAAGCGAAGUAACCAUGCCUUGUGUUGUUUGUGUUGCUGUGCUGUACCUGGUUCACCGCUUAACAUUCCUCUCUGUUGUGGUCACCUGUUGAUGUACAAACAGGUUACAAUUGGCACUUUUCCCUCAGAUGAACCCUGUCUCUCUCCUUCUAGAGACCACCAAACAAUCAAAUGCAUUAUUUUUACACCGUCGAGUGAGUUGAGUGUCUAGAGGAGAGAGUGAAGACAGGGUUGAUCUGUUAGCUAGAUAAAUGACUUGCACCCAACACUGGAACCAUUAACUAAAGGAAUGGUGUGGGAAGUUGUUGAUUAAGCCUUCUGGUACUGAGAUGCAUUUUUACCUUGUGUUUGGGGUAGGAUUAGAUGAUUUUAUUGACAUUAGGAAGGGUCUAUGGAGGUCAGGAGAUUAAUGGCCAGAGUCUUUACUAUUUUAGUCCCAACUUAAAUAUCUGAAGCUGUGUAAAGUCACCAAAUAGUCACCAGAAUGAAUAUGGAGACAUGUUUUUAAGGACAUUUUAAGACAGUUUGACAUGUUUUUAGGGCAUUUUAAGACAGUGACUAGGAUAAGACCAUUUUACUGACAUUAGGAAGAGUCUAUGGAGGUCAGAAGAUUAAUGGCUAGAGUUUUCACUAUUUUUAAUCCCGACAUGAAUAUCUAAAGCUGUGUAAAAUCACCAAAUAGUAACCAGAAUGAAUAUGAAAACACAUCCUGGUACUGGAGGAAUCAAUGGGUAAUCAGUGAGUGGUGUUUGGAGAUGGAGGGGAUAAAGGCAGCAUAUCCAGGGGGUCUGUCUGGCUGUGUGGUGAGGUUAGCAGGGAGUGAGGUGGUUGAAAGACUGAGGAAGGCAUGACAGGACAAAAUUAGGCUGAAGAAGAGAGGGAGAGAGAGAGUAUUUGUGUGUGUGUUUGUGUGAGUAUGGUAGCUAUAUGAAAAUGACAAUGAUGGAAGUACUAGAGGAGAACGAGAUUUAAGUUAAGCACAGGAAGCCAAGGACAAAAAUAAAUUAUACAAGAAUAAGAACUAGGAGAGAGAAAGAAUGUGUGUGUGUGUGUGUAUAUAUGAGUGUGUGAUAGGUAUAUGAAAAGGACAGUGUUGGAAGUAUAAGAGGAACAAGAUUAAGUUAAGGACAGGAAACCAUGAGAGUGUAUUGUAUCAUGACCAUUGUAGGGAAGUUAGGAGUAGGUUGUAGAUGUAGAGAGAUAGAAUGAUGCAUGGAAGGCAAAAGAAUCGGCUUGCUUUUUAAAGUUUUGCCACUUGAAUAGGAGCUUUGUGCGUGCAUGUCUGUGUGUGUGUGUGUGUGUGUGUGUGUGUGUGUGUGGGCAGUGUGGAGUGAAUUGGAAAUAGAGUUGUAUGUGUGUGUGUGGGUGUUUGGUGGUGAUUAAAGUGUAGCCUUUUAUACAUGUGAUGUGGUGUAGUGUGGUGUGUGUGUAUGGGUGUGUGGGCGGGUGUAGUGUGUGAGAGGCCAGCUAAAUUGUCACGUCUCUUAUGUAAUUUCCCAAAGUUUAAAAAAAAGCCCCAAAAACUAAAAAAAAAAAAUCAGCCUUGUCAUUUCCUUGCAAUAAAUUUCUCCUGAUACCACCUUAGCAUUGUAGCACUGUACUACUAUUAACUGUUGAUCUCAUUUAUAUUACCAUAGACAAUUGUUCUAUAAAAUGGUGUUACAGUUUCCUAAGACAGAAUUUUAUAUCACUUGAACUGUAUACCCCAAAACUGUACCUGACAUGCAGAGAGAGGCAAUCAUCUGGCCACAUGGGAGAGAGAAAGUAAGUCCCUGUGGUGAGCUGGACAUGAGAUGCCUCCUUGCAUUGCCUGAGAUUUAACAUUAACAGUGGUGGCAGUUCUUGAGAAUGUGCCGUGUGGUGAGUGCCCAGUGCCGAGUGCUGGUGGGGGGAGCAGGGAGGGAAAAAAAGGUGACUAUAACUAAAUGAAGAAAAAUGUGUAAUGAAGGUUAGUUUGUGAGGAAAGUUUGUGCCAGAGGGAGAGAAAGAGAGAGGGAGGGAUAGACGGAAGACCAGUGUGUCCAUGAAAUCAGUGAAGAUUGAAUUAACUGUCAUUCUACACAGGAGGAAAGUUUGUGCCAGAGAGAGAGAGGGAGAGAAAGAGGGAUGGAUAGAAUGAAAGGAGGUGUGUCCAUGAAAUCAGUGAAGAGUGAAUUAACUGACAUUCUACACAAGAGUUCUAAAGCCUGAAGAAAGCUAAUGUGAUGAAAGGAGAAAGAAAAAUGACAUAUUGGAAUUGUAAAAACUGUAAAAACCUGAAGAAUGCUUAUAAGAUGAAAAAAGAGACAGAACGAGAAUAUUUUACAGAUGCAUUCUCUAUUGAAACUAUGAGACCUGAGGGAUGCUGGUAAGAUAAAGAGAAAGAAAUGAAAGAGGAUGAUGUAGACAUGUCCUGGAGUGACAUUGUUAAGCCUUACAAAUGAAGAUGAAAGGAGAGAUGAAAAAUGAGUGAUGAAAGGAAAUGAAUAGAAAAAAGAUAAGGGCAUAUGAAGAUGAAAGGAGAGAUGAAAAGUAAAUGAUGAAAGGAGAUGAAGAGAAAAAGAUAAGAAUAUAUGAAGAUGAAAGGAAAGAUGAAAAAUUAAUAAUGAAAGGGGAGAAGAGAAAAGAGAUCAAACAUGUCCUGUAUUGGAGGUGAAAGGAGAGAAGAGAAAGAGAUCAGACAGAAAUGUGUUAUAUUGAAGCCAACUUGAUAAAAGAGUGAGUGACAGAGUAUUUAGCUAAAAGAUAAGGGCAAGUCCUGUAUUGAAGAUGAAAGGAGAGAAGAGAGACAUGUGUUGUAUUAAAGCUAACCAGAUAAAAAGUGAGAGAGAAAGAAUAUUUAGCUAAAAAAAAAAAAAUCAGACUGUCCUGUAUUGAAGAGAAAAGGAUGAGGCGUGUUUUAUUGAAGUUAACUAGAUAAAAAGUGAGAGAGAGAAAGUAUUUAGCUGAGAGAUUAGACAUACCCUGUAUUGAAGAUGAAAGGAGAGAAGAGAAAGAGAUGAGACAUGUGUUAUAUUGAAGCUAAAUAGAUCAAAAGUGAGAGAAAGAAAGUAUUUAGCUAAGACCUUAUAUAGAAACAGCAUGAGAGAAAGUGUUCUGGCCUCCUGUGUGGCAAUGAUAGAAGACGAGGCUGGUGCAAGAAACCACAGUGGGAUGAAGGAAGGAAGGAUAAGGUGGAUGGGAACAACCUUGUAAAAACACAUGGCUUAAAAAUUAUGUCGUUCAGGGAAGAGUGAAUGAUUGCUGUAGAUAAGGGAGACAAAGUGAUGUGAUUGGAAUGACAGCAAGUCCUUAGAGAAAGCCUGGAGUGUGUGUGGCAUCAGAGGAGUAAGGAAUAUUGUUAGUGUGGUACGAGAUGGAUAAGAAAUUUAAGUGGUACUCUGAACAGUGUUGACCUGUCGAGUUUAGAUUGACGAGGGUAUCAUUAUCAGAUUUUAUAUACAGUAUUUCAACACUUUAGGGAUCAAAUUGAAGCUGCAGGGAUAAUAUUCUUGCUUGAUGCAGGCUAGUUUUUUUUUUCUCUCUCUUUUUGUCUUGUUUUCCAUGUUUGGGUAAUCUUCUGCAGGCUUGUUAGCAGUGGUGACGCUCUCCUCCGCACCCUCUCCACUAUAGCCAGGCUUCUCGCUCUUGUACCAAAUCUUAUUACCAGACUAGAAUCCUCUCCCUCUCACCAAGACAUCUAGUGUACAGUGUCUUGGCUCCUCGGACGCCCACCAUUUGUGAGGUAAAGAAAGACGCGUUUUGUUGUCAUAAUGGCAUUGUGGCGUGGAGUGUUGUUGACCAUUUUGCUUAGCUAGAAGAGUGUUUACCACAUACUGUACUGUGGGCUGUGUCUGGACCUACGGACACUCGAAGGAUUCGGGUCUUGCAGUGUUUGAGAAGUGCCAUUCCUCCCUCAACUUUCAUCAUCAUCUUAGAAGAAGCAUGUUGUAGCUGCUUCUCAUUUUGCAAGACAUGCUUUCAAGCACAAAUGUAUGUGUGUGUGUGUGUGUAUGUGUGUGUGUGUGUGUGUGUGUGUGUGUGUAUUGAGGUUCCACUUGGUGUAUGGUGUGGCACUGAGGUGUACAUGUAUUAGCUGUGGGUGUCUUGUGGUUGUCAGUGCCUCAGAGUGUAUUUGUCCUCUUAACAUUACGGUACAUUUUUUGCUGACAGUGACUCCAAGACAACACUUGGCCGGGGCGGCGUCACGGUGUGUCCGGCCCCUCGGUGGCCGGGCGCUGGUGUUGCUAGUCGCAAUGUUCUUUCAACAAAUACCCCACAUAGUGUAUCUGUAUCAAUAUAAAGGUACUGUAUCAAAUAUUGAUUGGUGACAAACUCAACAAAUUAUUAUUAGUGAUAAAUGACUAUUAAAUUAUACGGGAAGGGAGGAUUUAAUGUCUUCAGUACAGUAUUAAGAGUUGUAUUGCUUCUUGUUUAUAAUGUAGAUAAUAUUACUCUGUACAGUGGUAUAUCAGCUGUAAAGUAAACUAUUGCUAAAUUCAA